UUUUCACCUUGGGAAGGGGUGCGAUUGGUUUCCCCAAAGCUUGUUAAGCUUGGUUUGUGCAGCUCGCUCCAGCUACCAAAGUUGAAAAAGUUUAAGUGGAACACGAUUGUCAGAGAAACUGCUGGGUCGAAAUGGCAAAGAAAAAUCCGCCUUCAGUGGGAGAGGAUUCCAAGAUGCCAGGAAAACGCAGUGCGAAGAACCCCGUGUCAGAAGGGUCUCCUGAGACAAAGAAGGUUAAAGUCAGCCACCCAUCACACCGCUCCCAGCCUGGGCUGGUGCUGACACUGGGCCAGGGCAAUGUCGGCCAGCUGGGCCUGGGUGAGGACAUCAUGGAGAGGAAGAAGCCAGCUCUGGUCACGCUGCCGGAGAUGGUGGUGCAGGUGGAAGCUGGAGGGAUGCACACUGUGUGCCUCAGCCAGACAGGAAAGAUCUACACCUUUGGCUGCAAUGAUGAAGGCGCCCUGGGGCGCGACACGUCGGCCGAGGGCUCCGAGACGUCGCCGGGGCCAGUGGAGCUGCAGGAGAAGGUGGUGCAGGUGUCAGCCGGGGACAGCCACACGGCCGCGCUGACCGAGGACGGCCGGGUCUUCGUCUGGGGCUCCUUCCGGGAUAACAACGGUGUGAUCGGCUUGCUGGAGCCCAUGAAGACCAGCUCCGUUCCUCUGCUGCUCCAGCUCAAGGCGCCUGUUGUUAAAAUAGUUUCAGGAAAUGACCACUUGGUAAUGCUGACAGUGGACGGCGACCUGUUCACGUGUGGCUGUGGCGAGCAGGGCCAGCUGGGCAGAGUGCCAGCGCUCUUUGCCAACCGAGGAGGACGGAAGGGGCUGCAGCGGCUGCUGGUCCCCCAGCUUGUCCCUGUCAAAGGCAAAGGGAGAAAAGGCAAAAUGCGCUUCCAGGACGCUUUCUGCGGGGCCUACUUCACCUUCGCCGUCACGCGGGAGGGACACAUCUACGGCUUUGGCCUCUCCAACUACCACCAGCUGGGGACCCAGGACACCGAGCCCUGCUUCUCCCCGCAGAACCUCACGUGCUUCAAGAACUCCACCAAGUCUUGGGUUGGGUUCUCCGGCGGGCAGCACCACACAGUCUGCGUCGACUCCGAGGGUAAAGCCUACAGCCUGGGCAGGGCAGAGUACGGCCGGCUGGGCCUCGGGACAGGGGCAGAGGAGAAGAGUACACCCACAGUUAUCCCAGAGCUGCCCAGCAUCACCUCGGUGGCCUGCGGGGCGUCAGUUGGUUACGCUGUCAGCAGUGAUGGGCGAGUGUUUGCCUGGGGAAUGGGCACGAACUACCAGCUGGGCACCGGGGAGGAGGACGACGUGUGGAGCCCGGUGCAGAUGACGGGGAAGCAGCUGGAGAACCGGCGGGUGCUGGCGGUGUCCAGCGGCGGGCAGCACACCGUGCUGCUGGUCAGCGACAGGGAGCAGAGCUGAUGGAGUGCCCGGCCCGGCGGGAGCCCAGCACCCAGACCCCACAGCUCCUGCCUGGCUCAGGGAGCCAUUCCUGGGGAGGGCAGGGACUCGUGGAGCAGUGCCUGCACGCGUGCCCUCAGGUUCUCCCUGCCAGCCGUUGUCUGUUUUCCCGUGGGGCCCGGUGCUCUGGCAGCUCCCCGGGUCAGCUUGGUCCUAAACUGAUCCCAGUUCUGUGCCUGGAUGUAUUUCCACUUCUCAUCUGGUUUUUAAACAUUUCUCGGCCCAGCAGAGCCGAGGGUCUCAUUCUUCGCUCUUCAAUCAGGUUUGGGUGUCAGUCUCCCAGAGGUCCCCGUGUUCCCCAUAUCUGGAUGCUCCUCCACCCCUUCACCUUAAUAUACCUCUCUGGCCUGAAUGUGUCUGCUGCCCCCCACCC